AUGGCUAAACGCGACAUCGUCUUCACCAAUGUCACCGUUGUCCAGCUGCUGCGACAGCCUUGCCCGGUGACCAGAGCACCACCACCCCAACCAGAGCCCAAGCCUGAGCCCAAGCCUGAGCCUGAGCCCCAGCCCCAGCCCCAGCCAAUCAAGGAGGAAGCCUCACCUCCUCCACCUCCUGCACCUAAGAAGGUUCCUGUGACUCGGGAGCUGACAGUGGGCAUCAAUGGAUUUGGUCGCAUUGGCCGCCUGGUGCUACGUGCCUGCAUGGAGAAGGGCGUGAAGGUGGUAGCGGUGAAUGAUCCAUUUAUCGACCCAGAAUACAUGGUGUACAUGUUUAAGUAUGACUCCACCCAUGGCCGCUACAAGGGGACUGUGGAGUGUAAGAAUGACAAGCUGGUCGUGGACACCCGUGAGAUCAACGUCUUCCAGUGCAAGGAGCCCAAAGACAUCCCCUGGAAGUCUGUCGGGAGCCCCUUCGUGGUGGAGGCCACGGGCGUGUACCUGUCCUUAGAGGAAACUUCACCCCACCUCGAAGCAGGUGCCCAGCGUGUGGUCAUCUGUGCACCUUCUCCGGAUGCCCCCAUGUUUGUCAUGGGGGUGAAUGAAAAGGACUACAACCCUGGCACCAUGAAAAUUGUCAGCAACGCCUCCUGCACCACCAACUGCCUGGCCCCCCUCGCCAAGGUCAUCCAUGAGCGAUUUGGGAUUCUGGAAGGGCUGAUGACCACAGUCCAUUCCUACACUGCCACCCAGAAGACAGUGGAUGGGCCAUCGAAGAAGGCCUGGAGAGAUGGACGGGGUGCCCACCAGAACAUCAUCCCUGCCUCCACAGGGGCUGCCAAGGCUGUGGGCAAAAUCAUCCCAGACCUCAAAGGGAAGCUGACGGGGAUGGCGUUCCGAGUGCCAACCCCAGACGUGUCUGUUGUGGAUCUGACCUGCCGCCUGGCCCAGCCUACCCAGUACUCGGCCAUCAAGGAGGCCAUAAAAGAAGCAGCCAAGGGGCCCAUGGCUGGCAUCCUUGCCUACACUGAGGAUGAGGUCGUGUCCACGGACUUUGUUAGCGAUACCCACUCGUCCAUCUUCGAUGCUAAGGCUGGCAUCGCGCUCAACGACAACUUCGUGAAGCUCAUUUCCUGGUACGACAACGAAUAUGGCUACAGUCACCGGGUGGUGGACCUCCUUCGCUACAUGUUCAGCAGAGACGAGUGAAGCAGGCUGGCCCGCCUCUGCUUCCCUGAGCUCCCGGGUCAGAACUCAUCCCUCCUGUCCCCGCCCUCAGUCCCCCGUGGGAAGGAGGGCGCCCCGCGCGAGGGGCCCGCGCUGCUGGGCCAACGGUGAAAUAAAAACCCAGAGUCCUCACAA